AUGAGAGUGCUUGCAAAUGAAAUCAGGCGGAUGCUUGUGGCCUUUCUUUUAACCGCAGCUUUCGGAUACGAUGUAACUUCUGCUAAUGUUAUAGGGGUUGACUUUGGCUCAGAUUACAUUGAGGUCGCAGGCCCUAUAAAUGGAGUAAACGUUGACAUAAUUUUAAACGAGCAGUCCCAUCGAAAGACAGACAAUUAUAUUGGUUUCAGGAAUGGAGAGAGAUCAAUAGGUGCUCAAGCAAAGUCUCUGGCGGCUCGCUUCCCUACCAAUAUGAUAGCGAUGAUCAAUCACCUGGUUGGUAUUACUUACAAUUCGUCUGACUUUGCGAACUUCAAAAAACUUCAAUGUGAAUUCGACCCACAUCCGGAGGAACGGGGUACGGUUGGAUUCAGAUUUGAAGACAAUAAUGACACAUACACGGCUGAGGAAAUUUAUGCCAUGAUGCUAAACUACUGCCGAAGUAUCUCUGAAAAAGCCGGUGUGCCAAACCCCCAAAAUGUGGUUAUCACCUUACCUUUUCAUUCAUCGCUGGGGAGGAGACAAACUAUUUUGGAAGCUGCGCGCUUGGUCCAUAUUAAUACGUUGGGUUUGUUGCACAGUACCACUGCCACGGCCUUAUAUUACGGUGUGCGUCGCAGAGGAUUCGGGAACAGGACCGUUCAUCUCCUUGUUUACGACAUCGGUAGCACACACACAGAAGUUGGUGUAUAUAAAUUUUCUCCACCAGUUCAAGAACAGGGGAAGAGGACGAAAAACGUCGAGAGUUUUGGAACACUAACAACGAUGGGUAUAGUUUCUGAUGCAACCUUAGGCGGUAGAGCACUGGAUUCAUGCAUUGCAAAGGGUAUCGAAGCAGAGGCUAUUUCUAAAAUGAAGAUUUCGCCGGUACUGGGUGGAUCAACGGUUUCUCAGAGAAAGGCUCAGUUUUCUUUAUUUCGGGCAGCUAAGAGGGCUAGGGAGGUUCUUUCUGUUAAUAGCAAGACUCCAGUCACGGUUGAAGGUAUUGCCCCCGAUAGAGAUUUUAGCACAGAGGUUUCAAGAAAAGAAUUCGAAACAAACUGCUCCGAGUUGCUCAAACGAUUUCCUCGUGUAGCUCAGGAAGCUGUGACGAAGUCAUCUCUGACUUUGAAGGACAUUGAUGCCUUUGAAAUGAUGGGUGGCGCUUCACGAACUCCAAAAAUAAUAAGUGACCUAUCCACCUUUUGGGGGAAGGAGGUGAAUAGAACUUUAAAUUCAGACGAAGCUGCCGCAAUGGGUGCUGCAUAUUAUGCUCUUCGGCUGUCUCCACAUUAUCGCCCCCACUCAUUCCGGAUAAUUGAGCGCGUCCCAUACACGUUUUUAUUCGCAGUCAGUCCAGAGGUGAAGAACUCUUCGAACUCAAAGAGAAUGCUCGCCAACAACCCCAUCAUUGGGUCAAGAUGGAGCAUAACUGUGAAUCGCACUGAUGAUUUUUCAAUUCAACUCUUCGAUUCAGAUGCGCGUAUCGGGAACGUUAAUAUCACUGGUGUGAAAGGGGCAUUGGAAAGGCUUGGGUUCUUUCAACCCAAACUUAACCACACAAACAACAGCCACAUUAUUCGCAUUCAGGUUCGUUUCAAUGAAUCUGGCCUUUUAGAAGUUGAGGAGGCAGGCGUUUUUUACCGCUAUGCUGUGAAUGUUUCUUCGAGCACAAAAACUACCGGGGUACAGGCCGAUUCUAAUAGUUCCAACGAAAGCGGAUAUGUAGUUGAGAUGAAACGAAAAUCAGCUAGACUAUCGGCAAGGGUUACCUUUACUAACCCAGAGCCACUAUCUUAUGAGCUUUUGAAUAACUCAAGGGUUAAAAUAUUUCAGUUACUGGAAAAGGAAAGAAAGAAGCAUGAGGCAGCAACUGCAAAGAAUAAUUUGGAAACAUAUCUUUUCUGGGCAAAGACGGAGGGCAUUUUGGAGAAUACAACAGCGUUAGAACCCUAUACUCCAGAAGAAGUAAACUCAUUGAAGAAUGCAUUAGCGGAAGCGCAGGAGUGGCUGGAGGAUGGCGAUGGAAGCAAUGAAUCAUGUAGUAAAGAAGAAUAUGAAAAUAAACUUGCCACUUUGAAGGAACUUGUUAAGAAUAGCGGUAAAAACAAGAAUACAACGAACACCACAAGUGGCAGCGACGAUGCUGUCAAGGGAGACUUGUGA